AUGGUUGCGCAAAUUCUAGGAAGUAGGAGCGGACAUUCACACCAAUUCUCGCAGAACGUUAUUUACUGUAUGCACUUUAACUGUCUACUUACUAUAAAUGAACAGUGGUUUGUUGGCGCCGGCAAUGAUCGCUCUUUCGAAUGUUGCAUUGGGAAGCAUGAUGUGCGAAUUUUUUUUGCAGAUAUACAGAUUUCAACACAUUCGCCAGUGUUGUUUUGCAAGUGGGUAAAGAAAGUGACUCGGUUCAGUCAACUAUAUGGUGCAAAUUAUGCCAAGACGGUACAGUUUCUCCUCAUAUUUGUAAAAAGAUGUCUGUUGGUACUAGCAUAA